GAAAAAAAGUUUAUUUGUUUUCUAAUUUCUGGAUUUAAAUAAACAAACUGAAUAUCUUGAAGACAGAAGUCAAAAAAGCACCCCCGUCUCCAGGGCAAAUGCAAAUAAAGAAAACCACAACCACAACCACCAAACACCAACCAGGGUGGUGUUCUUUCUGAGGAUUGGUAGAAACUGCGUUUUUUAAUCUCUGUUUUUAUGCUUGUCCCAAGAUCUUUUAAGGGGUGGGGUGGUGGGGGUGGUGGGGAAGAGGUAGCCACUAUAUAAAAGAAGCUGCCCUGAGAUUUUAAACUUUUAUACAAAAACUUCCUAGGUAAGGAAACUUAAUUGGAUCUGGCAGCUGACCUUAGUGAUGGACCCAGAAGCAACUGCUGUUUAUUUGGAUUAUUUCUAUGCUACAAGCCAAAAUCCUGAUAUUGAGGAGACCCACUCCCGUGUUGCUUACACAUCUGUCUUCCUUCCCAUCUUCUACGCAGUUGUGUUCCUGACGGGAGUGUUGGGGAACUUAGUCCUCAUGAGUGCAUUGCAUUUCAAACGGGGCAGCCGAAGACUGAUCGACAUCUUCAUCAUCAACCUGGCUGUGUCUGACUUCAUUUUCCUUGUCACGUUGCCUCUCUGGGUGGAUAAAGAAGCAUCUUUAGGACUGUGGAGGACAGGCUCUUUCCUGUGCAAAGGCAGCUCCUACAUGAUCUCAGUCAACAUGCACUGCAAUGUCUUCUUGCUCACCUGCAUGAGUGUUGACCGCUACCUGGCCAUCAUGCGCCCAGCCGUAUCCAGGAAAUUCAGGAGGAGAGACUGUGCAUAUGGAGUCUGUGCCAGUGUCUGGUUUAUCUCCUGUCUUUUGGGUUUGCCUACUCUUCUGUCCAGGGAGCUCACCCUGAUUGAUGAUAAGCCAUACUGUGCAGAGAGGAGCGCUACUCCAAUCAAACUGACUUGGGCCCUGGUGGCCUUAAUUUUUACCUUCUUUGUCCCUUUGGUGAGCAUUGUGACAUGCUAUUGUUGCAUCACAAGGAAGCUGUAUGCCCAUUACCAACAGUCGGGAAAACAUAACAAAAAGCUGAGGAAAUCCAUAAAGAUCAUCUUUAUUGUCGUGGCAGCCUUUGUCUUCUCCUGGCUGCCCUUCAAUACUUUCAAGUUCCUGGCCAUUGUCUCUGGGUUGCAGCAGGAAGUCUACUUUUCCUCAUCUGUUAUCCAGCUAGGCAUGGAGGUGAGUGGGCCUUUGGCAUUUGCCAACAGCUGUGUCAACCCUUUCAUUUACUAUAUCUUUGACAGUUACAUCCGCCGGGCUAUCUUGCACUGCUUGUUCCCUUGCCUGAAGAACUAUGACUUUGGGAGCAGCACUGAGACAUCAGAUAGUCACCUCCCCAAGGCUCUCUCCAACUUCAUUCAUGUGGAAAAUUCGGCCAGAAGGAGGAAGAGGCCUUUUCCUCUCUCAAGAACAAUGGUACCUUGACCCACACCGCCUUUCAUAAUGGGCUUCAAUUGGACGACAUCUAAAGGAUUCUUCCCACUUUCAUCUGGUGAGAAAUGUGUUAACAAUACAGGUAGCAAAAAAUAUACGUGUGCCCUUUAGUUAAUUAUUACUGAGUAACAAAACGAGAGUCUGGCCUUAAUCUUUAAAACUGUAUGGCGAUUCUUUACUGCCUUCCAAUGUUAUCUUUCACCCUAAGCCAUUCACGAUAACUUUGGACUGUCAAAAAAUUCAUGGGGAUAAAAUCAUUCUGUAUUGUGUUUAUGAUUUAGGACUCCCUUUAUCACCUGGUCUUCUAGAGUAUUUUAACAAGAGAGCACAGGGCAAAGUUUGACCUUUAUUUUCCUUAUAAGAUAUAUUGGUAAAAAUGUAUCUCAUUAUAAUGGCAUAGUAACUACUUUUCAAGAGGGUUUUACUAUGCUCUUUUGUUUUCAUUGACUUCAUACAUUAGGAUAUGACUUUGUUUUAAUUACAUGUUUUUAAUUACUAGUUAUUGAGUUAUCAAAUGAAAUGUAACUAAUAUAAUUGGAGGUCCUCACAUGCUUAGCUACAUCACCAUGUGUAUUAUGAUUUUACGUUUUAAUUAAAAUGUUAGUGCUACACAUUUUCUAUAGCAUCAUUUGCUUGGUGUAUAUAAUUUCAAGACUUGAUUCAGUAAUAUAGGAAGACAGUAUGCUCUGUAUUUAGCUGAAGUGAAAAAUACAAAAUGAAGAUAUUACUGAUAUUUUAUAUACAUUUUUCCAAACCCAGAGACUUUGCUGAAUUCUUUCACCCAAUAAAAAUUUAUUAAGUCUACUUGCACGUAUUUUUCUUUUAAAGACUUUGAAGUGAAAAACAUGUAAUUAGCAGCAACCACAAAAGGCUUUUGCUACAGAAAACAUACUAUUGUAAAUAUCUUUUGAUUCAAGAGAAAGUGGGUUAUGUGUUGACCCUCAGUGUUGACGCAAAUGAGUUACUAUUUUACUUCUAAAUAUUAGGUUUGAAAAUCAGAGAAAGUUUAGAAUUUUUUCAGAAACUAGGUAAUUCAAGCUCAUCCCAUGUAUCUUUCACAUUAAAAGAAAUAAAUAUUGGGCAUACCAUAAUCUAUUUAGAAGUUGAAAUACAGUGUUUUGUUUUAUAAAUUGGUUAAUUUAUUAAUUUCUCUUAACCUGUAUUAAAUAAAAAUAUAAUUUUAAGUAUUCUUCUAUGUUGUAUUAAUUUCUAUCAACACAGUUAUUAUUAAUAUUGAUAUUAUAAAAGUUUUUAAU